AUGUCUUGCCGGGACACUACGACCAACUCUACGUGCCAGCCCUCAGCUAAGUCAAUCGUUGCGAAAGCAACCGUCAACUACCAUUCAAGCGAGUCAUCGGCCGAGUCCCAAGCUCCAACUUCCUUGACUGAAAGUACGUCGAUAGAAAUGGCCUCCAGUCCCUCAGUCAACUCGUCCUCCCCGAUCACUUCAGUAGUGACUCCAGGAAAGAAUUCCCCCAGCCGGCUCGAGAAAAUGCUCGAGGAGAUGAAAAAGAAGAGCCCUGAGGAGAUCACUGCGCAUAUACAGAAGUAUGGCCCAAAGAUCACUCGCGAGGGUGACCCCAUCCCUUGGGAUACGGAUGACGAUAUAAAAUAUGCCACAGGAGAAGGCCGCUAA